AUGAAGGCUGCACAAGAUCAACAGAAGACCUACUAUGAUAAGAGGAGGAAACCUUUAGAGUUCCAAGUGGGUGACCAUGUGUUUUUUAAGGUCUCACCUGUAACCAGAGUUAGAAGAGCUCUAAAAUCUCGAAAGCUAUCUCCUAAGUUUAUUGAGCCAUUCGAAGUGCUAAGUAGAAUUGGUCCUGCAGCGUACUGGAUAGCACUACCCCUGAAUCUCUCGAAUCUGAUGUUUCAUGUAUCUCAACUCAGGAAGUAUGUGUCGGAUCUUUCUCACAUGAUUAACCUUGACCCAAUUCAAGUUAAGGAGGAUUUGUCUUAUAAUGUAUACCUAGUGAGAAUUACGAACCACCGUGUUAAACCACUGUAUUAA